AGAUACGGUUACAAACUUAGUCCGUGUUUUAGCGAGUGCUGGAUGUCAGUAUUGUAACAAGAAGAACAAUGUUACAUGCUCUAACUGGUAUUGCUCAGAAGUGUUCACUGCAGAACUUGAUUUAACUGGAACUUUGACAUCAAAAGUGAACAAGUUAGCCGACAAUUUUUGUUCCUUCUGUGAAACCAAUGAUACGGCAUGCAUUGAUUUAUUCUGUUUACCAAAUAGACGUAUGGUAUCGUUAUCUGUACAAGCUAGAUGUAAUGUGUGUUCAUCACCAGGCAUUCAAUGCCAAGCAGACCCAGAAUGCUCAACCUCCAGUAAUAUACUAUCUGGCUCAGGUAGCCCCUCCUCCAGUAAAGUACAAUCAGGGUCAGAUGUACCAGCUGCAGCAAGUUUAGUAACCUGUAAAGGAAUUGGGAUGUUCGCGAAUCCUGCAAUGGAUAUAUGGUGUCAAAUUGUUUGUCCGCAAGGCUUUUGUCCACCCUCGCACUGUGAAUGUGGAAUAGUUAUCCAAACAACCAUACCAACUACGGAAAGUACCCAUUCUGAUUCAGGCGCAGAUUUGUAUUCUGCCAAUGCCAUGAAUGGUAUAAUGUGUUCAGUGUGUAACCAACAACCAAAAUAUUCAGACUGUUCUACGAAAUAUUGCAAUCUAUAUAAUCAGAAUUUAGAAGAACCACAAGAUUCUUUUAAUAAUAUAUUCAGCUACUCCCCAGAAAUGUUCUGCCAACUAGCAACUACCAAAGGGGAUAUAAAUUUACAGAAGAUCUUUUGUAAUGGUGAUCAUGCCGUCAUUCUAUCAGAGUUGAAAUCAGUCAUGUGUACAGCUUGUCAAAGUGUUGGUAAUGGAUCAGGAUGUGAUGCGUACUGUGUGUCUUAAUGUUUACUUUAAGAUAUUAAACACCAUUCAUAUUCAAGUAAAACAAUCGUUUUCUUUUCUUGAACUGGCUAGCAUAACAUAUAUUUUAGCUGCCAUAAGUGUUUAACGGUCUAAAGUUGUUAACUAACUUUGCUUUUAUAAGGGGAUAUCAAUAAAACAAACCUAUCUGCUAUUGUAUUGAAUAAGACAAAAAAGGACUUAACCAAAAGAAAUUCAAAUAAAGAUUUAAAAGUCUUUCCAUGUUUGGAAUUUCUUUUGGUUUCUUUUGUGUUUUUCUUUCUUGUGAUAUAUGUCUAAUAAAAGAAGGUAUUAAAUGAUAUUAUUUU